AUGUCUCAAAAUAAAUAUUUAAGACUUGAAGAAAAUCAUUCAACUGAAGAAGGCGAAUUUGAACUAUCAGAAAUAUCUAAUAAAUCCUCGGAUAAUAUUGAUUAUGGUUUAAGAAAUCGAACUAGUAUUGGAGAACUUGAAGACAAUGAAUUUUUGUUGGAAGAUCGCAAAUCAAUAGAUUCGGAAAAUUUAGAGAAUUCUCCCAUACCUAUGGUGGCUGCG